CCAAUAGCACAAAAGUUGUUAAAAAUGUCAUAAGUUCUUUUCGUUGAUUUAUUUAAAAAUAAAUUUUAAAUUAUUUGUAUAUAACUGAAUGUGUGUCCUAAUGCUGCGCUAGUGCAGUGGAGUGUUUUAGUGUGUGUGCGUGGGACGUGCGCUGAGUUUUUUUUUGUUUUGGAGUAACCUAGGCGAAAUUAGAUGCUGAGAUGUCCGAGGUACGCAUUCGUCCACGGCAAGUGCUCGUGCUGAUCAUCGUGUUCAUUGUUGUGCUGCUGAUGGUUCAUCGCAACGGUAAACACACCUGCCAGGGCCCCGCUUACCUGCAGGCGAUGUACAGCAAAGCUCAAGCGGACACGUUGCCCAAAAUCUACGCCAUAACGCCGACGUAUGCUCGGCCAGCACAAAAAGCCGAAUUGACCAGGCUAUCGCAUUUGUUUAUGCUGGUGCCCAAUUUGCAUUGGAUCAUUGUGGAGGAUUCGAACAGCACAACGACUCUGGUGCGAAACGUAUUGCUGCGCGCCGGACUGGACAAUCGCUUCACGCAGCUGAAUAUCAAAACUCCGCCGGAAUUCAAGCUGCAGGGCAAGGAUCCCAAUUGGAUCAAGCCACGCGGCGUUGAGCAGCGCAAUCUGGCCCUGACCUGGCUGCGCAGUAAUGUGGAUGCGGAGCGCCAUGCCAUUGUCUUCUUCAUGGACGACGACAACUCCUAUUCCGUGGAGCUGUUCGCUGAGAUGUCCAAAAUAAAGCCCGGCCGUGUGGGCAUCUGGCCCGUUGGCCUUGUCGGCGGCCUGAUGGUCGAGCGGCCGCUGCUCAACGAUAACAACCAGGUGACGGGCUUCAAUGCCGCCUGGCGGCCAGAGCGACCGUUCCCCAUCGACAUGGCCGCCUUUGGCAUUAGCAUCGAUCUGUUCUUCAAGUAUCCGCAGGCCAGCUUCUCGUACGAAGUGCAGCGCGGCUACCAAGAGAGCGAAAUCCUACGUUAUCUAACCACACGGGAGCAGCUGCAGCCGCUGGCCAACAACUGUCGCGACGUGCUCGUCUGGCACACGCGCACCGAGAAGACCAAGCUCAGUGCCGAGGAGGCGCUGCAGCGCCAGAACAAGCGCUCCGACGAGGGCAUCGAGGUUUAACUGACCCCUCGCCUGUCCACCGCCCAGCCGCAGCCGCAGCAUCACGAUCUAAAGAAUUUACCAACUCAGUGUUUUGUGUAUUAGAAUAUAAAUUUAUAGAGGUAUAUAUAUAUAGUAUGUAUAUAUAUAUG